UGCGAUUUUAUUUCUCCUAAAUUCCUAAUAUAUAUAUAUAAACCACAGUUUUCCUCUGUAUUACUUUAUUUUCACCUACUUUCUAUUCUAACAUCUAAUAAUCUUUCUCAAUCAACGCCUAACGGAGUUCCGUCGCCGUCGCCGUCGCAGUCGCCGAUCAACCGUCGGAAAACCGAUUAAGGCGGCAGCUUUGUAGCUGACGACUCACAACAAUCGUAAUCGCACUCUGAUUUUUGAUAUUCAAUGUGAAAAAUGUCAGUGAUGUUUGCAAACGAAAGGCCUUUGAGGAGAGGUAUGCAAAGGAGAAAGGUUAAAAGGAGUUUUGAUGAUCUGUUGCAUUCCGAUGAGAAACAAAAGAAGGAAAUAGACGAGGUUGUUUCUUCAUUGAAACAACGGCGUUUGUGUAGAGAAAUACAGAAUUAUUUGUUUGGCGAUUGUGGAACUGAUGGUUAUGAUGACAAAGAGAGUGUUGAAGUAAAGGAAGUGUUAGAUGAUGAUGUAGAGAGUGUUAAAGUGGAGGAAGUGUCGUAUGAUGAUGAUGAAGCGAGUGUUGAAGUAAAGGAAGUGUCAAAUGAUGAUGUAGAGAGUGUUAAAGUAGAGGAAGUGUCUUAUGAUGAUGAUGAUGAUGCGAGUGUUGAAGUAGAGGAAGAGUCUGAUGAUGAGGAUUUUGAGAUUUCGAUGUGUAGGAGGUCGAGGAAGAGGACUACUGGUGUAAAGAGAAAUUUGACAAGGAAGAACCAAAUUCGACCAGUGGUUAAGAAAACUAGAAGUACUGGUAGAGCAAGGCAGUGUAAGCCUAACAAUUGGGGGAAGAACAUAAUUGAUUUGUCGAGUUCUUGUUCUGAAGAUUCUGAUAACUCGCUGCAUUCUUCCCACACAUCAGGCUCCCAACCCUCGCCUAUUUCAACAUUGAACGCAAAAUAUGAUGUAAAGAGAAAUACAAGGGAAAAAAUGGAGAAGAAGCUCAAUUGCCAUCAAUGUAAAAAAAAUGAUAGACCAAUUGUCGUUCCAUGCUUAAACUGUAAGGAAAAGCAAUAUUGUAUGCGAUGCAUCAAGCAGUGGUAUCCUCACAUUUCAGAGGUGAAACUUGCAUUGUCCUGCCCCUUCUGUCGGGAAAUUUGCAAUUGUAACGAGUGUCUACACUCCUUGAACUCGAUCACUCAGACAUUAAAUCGAGAAAGUGUUGACCACGAAAAGGUUCAGCACCUCACAUACUUGGUUACAAAGCUGCUCCCAUUCAUAAGACAAAUUCAACACGAACAACGUUCAGAAUUAAUAUUGGAAUCCAAGAUAUUAGGCAAAAUUCUCAAUGAAGAGGAUAUACAAGAGUCUUCUAGCUUUGAUGAUGAGCGGAUCUAUUGCAACCAAUGUGCAACUUCAAUAUUUGAUCUUCAUCGAUGUUGCCCUAAUUGUUCUUUUGAAUUGUGUUUGAGCUGUUGUCGAGAAAUUCGUCAAGGGAGGCUCUCGGGUGGCCCUGAAAUAACUCAACAUAAAUAUACUCACAAGGGAUAUGACUACGUUCAUGGGGGCGAUCCUUUAUUAUGCCGUUCAGUUCAAUAUGAUGCGCCACAUAAAUUAAGUACUUGGACAGCUAACGAAGAUGUAAUUCCCUGUCCUUCAAAGGACCGAGGAGGUUGUGGUGUUGGAAUUUUAGAAUUAAGGAGGAUUAUUUCAUUACAAUGGUUAUGGAACUUGGAAGCAAGGGCAGAAAAGGUUGUAAAAGACAAGUUUGUUGAACCAACCCCUAAAAGUAAUUUGAAGGUUACUCGACAAGCAGCAUCCAGAAAAUAUUCUGGCGAUAAUUACCUAUAUUGCCCAUUAGCUAAAGAAAUGCUUACUAAUGAUGGAAGAAUACACUUUAGAAGAUAUUGGGGGAAAGGUCAACCAAUAAUUGUUCAAGACACCUUGUCUCAAACACUAGGUUUGAGUUGGGAGCCAAUGGUAAUGUCACGAGCACUUUGUGAAAAUGUGGACUCGCAGAUCAAAGCAGUUGAUUGUCUAGCUAAUUGUGAGGUUGAAAUUAGUACUAGGGAGUUUUUCAGAGGGUACAAGAAAGGUAGAAACUACGCAAAUUUCUGGCCUCAGAUGUUAAAGCUGAAAGAUUGGCCUCCAUCCGACAAGUUUGAAAAUCUUCUGCCAAGGCAUUGUGAUGAGUUUAUUAGUGCAUUACCACUUCAAGAGUAUACUGACCCUAGAAAUGGUAUCCUGAACCUUGCUACCCUUUUACCUUCAAGCAUCCUCAAACCUGACUUAGGACCAAAGACGUAUAUAGCUUAUGGUACUGCUCAAGAGCUUGGAAGAGGAGAUUCCGUGACAAAGCUUCACUGUGACAUGUCUGAUGCGGUAAACAUCUUAAUGCAUACGGCUGAUGUUUCUUUUAGUGAGGAUCAAUUGUCUGCGAUUGAGACGCUCAAAAAGAAACACAAAACUCAAGAUCGAAGAGAAUUGCAGUUAUCAGACUCCAAGAAAUUCGAUCUUCAGACGUGUGGCAUAACAGACAAGGGUGCUGCUCUUUGGGACAUUUUUAGGAGGGAAGAUGUACCAAAGUUAGAGAUGUAUUUGAGGAAACACUCCAAGGAGUUCAGACAUGCUUAUUGUAAUCCUGUAGAACAGGUCAUCCAUCCUAUUCAUGAUCAGUCCUUCUACUUGACCUCAGAGCACAAGCGAAAGCUGAAGGAGGAAUAUGGUAUUGAACCCUGGACAUUUGAGCAAAGGCUUGGAGAGGCAGUGUUCAUACCUGCUGGUUGUCCACAUCAGGUUCGAAAUCUCAAGUCCUGCACAAAGGUAGCUGUAGAUUUUGUUUCACCAGAGAACAUUGGAGAGUGUUUUCGGCUAACAGAAGAGUUCCGGAAACUCCCAAAAUUCCACAAGGCUCGGGAAGAUAAGCUGGAGAUCAAGAAGAUGAUUCUUCAUGCAGCUAAUCAAGCAAUAAGACAUCUAGAGGAGUUGCAAUCAAAACAGGAGCCAAAUUGAUUUUCUUGGCAAGCAAUGUGUAUCCUUGCGUUCGAGCCCCAGUUUUGUACAGCAGAAGAUAUAGGGGGCAAUCAGCAGUGUCUGUGAAGUCGAAUUUUUGAUCAGUAAUCUGACAUGAAAUAAUGUAAAGAUGAAACAAAUGAAGAAAAGAACACAUAUUUCUUUUUCAUGAUAUGUGGUCUCAAGUUAUGUUAUAAGAAUAAUGAGAACAAAAUCAAAUUAAUAAGAUUUGAAUAUUUUUUUCACAUUAUCA